AUGAUCCGAAAAUGCAACCCAGAAGUCUCAAUAGAAGGCUGGAAACACUGCACACCUCUAAUUGUGGUUGAUGCAACUUUCCUUAAGAAUGCAUAUGGAGGAACAUUGAUAAUUGCUAGUGCACAAGAUGCCGACAGACACAUAUUCCCACUAGCUUUUUCAGUAGUUGAUUCUGAAAAUGAUGCAUCAUGGCAAUACUUCAUGGAAAAGCUCAAAGAAUCAUAUGGGGAGUGUGAAGACCAAUGCAUAAUUUCUGACAGACACGAAAGUAUAACAAAAGCAAUGAAAUCAGUAUUCCCUAACUUGAUGCAUGUGGUAUAUUGCUUCCAUUUGUUCCAAAAUAUAAAAACAAGAUUCAGAAAAGGUGUAGAUGAUCUAAGAGAUGCAUUCUACUGUGCAGCAAAAGCAUACAAUCAAACUGACUUCGACGAUUGCAUGAGGGACUUAGACAACAUUGAUAGUAGAAUUCGUCCUUACCUGACAAAUAAAGUUGGCCUAGAAAAAUGGACAAGGCUUUACAGCCGAAAUAAACGCUACUCAACAUUAACCUCCAACAUAGCAGAGUCUAUGAACUCAGCAUUGAAAGAAAUCAGAGAGCUACCGAUUGGAACACUGCUUGAAUGUCUACGUUGCUUGGUGCAAACAUCCAAUCUUGUCAUAUACACAGUAAAAGAAUUGCAAAACUCCUAUAUUGUGGAUAUCCUAAACAGAACAUGCACAUGUGAACGAUUUCAGUAUGAUGAAAUGCCAUGUUCUCAUGCAAUGGCUGUAAUAUCAAAAAGAUACAUGAAAUGCUAUGAGUAUUGCUCAUACUACUACACAAAAGAAGCAUUUCUUGCAACAUAUGAAGGUUCUGUGUUACCAAUAGGUGACCCAAAGACAUGGGACUUGCCUGAUAACAUCAAACAACUACAAGUAUUUCCAUCAAUAUACAAGAGACCAGCAUGA